UAUAUUUUUUUAAAAAUAUUAUUUAUAAAAAUAUUUAUCAUUUUCUAUGUAUCUAAGUAUUUUAUUGAUAAAUAAUGUAUGUUAUCUAUGUAUUUUAUUGAUAGAUAAAUGUGUACGUCGCUCGUCGCUGCCCAAGAAUGCGAAAAAGUACAAUCGAUUCAGAAACGAAUUGCAUCUGGACCGCGGAGACUUCUACAUCCACGUUUCCGGUGUUCAACAAACUGAUUGGAUACCCUGUGAACAAUUUUGUUCACGUAGACGUGUUAAAAGAGAUAAAAAUAGGCGUUCUAUUUUUUUUAAAAGAGGUACAUUUUCACAUAUACAAUACGCAUUUUAUAUCUAUGAACUUCUUCUUCUUCUUUUUUUUUUUUUUUUUUUCUUUUUUUUUAAUUUCAUUUCAUUCAAUAAAAAUUCUAAAAGAGAAAAUUUUAAACACAAAUAACAACGCAAAUUUUUAUUAUUAUUAUAUCACAGGUACGGCUCGUUUAAGGUGUACUGAAGGCACGUUUCGCGUGCAUAAUAUUUAUGGCGAUGGAAAUUGCAUGUUUCGAGCGAUUAGCUACAUUUUAUGGCGAAACGAGGAUGAACACCGAUACCUUCGUUCAAUGGUCGUGCAACACAUCAAGGAAAAUUGGCACGAGUACGGGCCUUUCGUGAUAGCUGAAUGGAACAUAUCGGAUAGACAAACUUAUGACAAUUACAUGAGCAUGGUGGGCACAUUUGCAAGUGAACUCGAAUGCACGGUGGCCACCAAGUUAUACGACAUGAAUCUGUCGAUUUAUCGCGAGAUAAACGACAGGCACGAGCUUAAACGAGUGUUUUACAAUCACGUUAGCUCUCACUUCGAGACAGCUAGGCUUUUAUUCACUGGAAACUCGGACAGCGGUCAUUAUGACGUGCUGGUUCCCGAUUGACGAAUGUUUUUCGAGCAAAAAAAAGAAAAAAGAAAAGAAAAAAAAAAAAAAAAAAAAAAAAAAAAAAAAAAAAAAAAAAAAAAAAAAAAAAAGAAUUGAAGA